AUGAAGCCAGCAACAACGGCGACGUCAGUAACAGAACAAAGUCCUGGAGCAGAAAUGGAAAGCAAACCAAGUGCGGCCGAAACAAUGGAACGACAUAAAACAUUAGCUGAAGAAAACGUUUAUGUUGGGCUAAUGUUUGGUUCGAAAGCACUUGUACAGUUGGUGACAAAUCCAUGGAUCGGCCCGCUAACGAAUAAAAUUGGGUAUACGAUACCGAUGUUCGCUGGCUUCUGCAUAAUGUUCUUAUCGACAGUUAUGUUCGCAUUUGGUACAUCAUUCCACACGCUUUGGCUUGCACGAGCUUUACAAGGCGCUGGGUCAGCUUGUACAAGCACUUCAGGAAUGGGAAUGCUAGCGCAAGCGUACCCGGACGAUGAAGAGCGUGGCAGUGCCAUGGGUAUAGCUCUCGGUGGACUGGCUCUUGGUGUGCUUGUUGGGCCACCAUAUGGUGGAAUGUUGUACCAGUGGUCCGGCAAGGAGUUACCUUUUUUGCUUCUUGCUCUGCUGGCACUGUUUGAUGGAUCAUUGCAAUUUAUGGUGCUGCAGCCAAGAAUUGAUCGCGGUGAACCGGAAGGAACUGGAUUAAAAGAGCUUGCAACCGAUCCAUACAUUGUGAUCGCUGCUGGAUCAAUAACAAUUGGAAACCUUGGAAUAGCAAUGCUGGAACCAUCACUGCCAUUGUGGAUGAUGGAGUCCUGGCAGGCUGGAUCAUUUGAACGUGGUGCCGCCUUUCUUCCGGCUAGUAUUUCAUAUCUUAUUGGUACCAACAUAUUUGGGCCACUGGCGCAUAAAAUUGGACGGUUUGUCGUUUUUUUCUUUUUUUUGCUGAAGUCAUUUGGAACGGAUUUGGAUUAG